AUGAGCGCCGAUGUUUCGCUUCCUAACAGUGCUCCGUCAUAUACAGGCGACGUCUCGAGCUCGACCUCGGGUAUACGACGUCACGCCGAUUCCAUGCCUUAUCUGACGCAGCGAUACGCUCUGCCCAUCCAUCACACAGGCUUGCGCAGAGAUGGCAGCGAUAUCUCGCUUGACGGGGGAGAUCGCACUCCACGCGCAGAGAACACUCUUCGACGUAAGACACCUAAUGGCACGUUGAACGCUGGCUUCGAAGGAUCAGCAGACUACUCGACUCCGCCAUUGAAGCAUCAACUACUGCCACUGUGUGAAAGCACCCGGGCGAGACCAGCUUCAGCGAUAGUUCCACACGGCAAGCGCACUUUUCUUCAACACUCACAUUCUCAGUUACAACGACAGAACUCUGGUCUUGGAGCAUGGAGUGGACAGGGCAGUGUCGCUUGGCCAGCCGGCCAGUUUGCGCAGCCCCAGAGCACGUUUCCCGUCAUGGACUCUAUGCUCAACCAAGGCCUGCCUACUCAGCACUACAACAUGCAGCAGUACUACGGACUCACCGUUCCCAGCGUGAUACAACCCUCCUUCCAAUAUCUCGGUCCUACUGCAUCUGGCGGCCAAGGCUCUGGGCCGUACGGUCCUUACUGGCAUGAUGGCACAUUCGUCCCAUACAGACCAGCUGCAGUCCGCGAUCCACGCUUCUACCAUCCUCCCCACUUCAUGGGAUCCAUACCAAGUUCACACCUUACGCACCAACCUCAGAUGUGGCAGCAGCGUGCAUCCUUACAGAACCCUUGGACACCACUAGCUAAUCCGAGUGUGUUCCCUUCGCCGGCGAUACAGAACUUCAACACGGGACACCAUCCUGUGUAUCCUGCCACCUGGGGACGUCCAGUGCCGAACCACCUGAGCAAUGGUUAUCACAACACAGAAGCGAGUGUUUAUGGGCCGGCGAUUCCAUAUGGCCAAGACACGCAAGCCUCAAGUCACGACAUUGAAGCAGAGUUUGGCGCGUCAUCCCCUAAUGGUCAACAAAGAGAUAAGACAUUUUCGUGGGCGUUGCAGCAGUAUAGGGAACUUCUUGCAUUCAUCCACCAUACCAGACGGCAGCAACAGCACAAUCGACAUGCGCAUGGUCAACAGCACGUACCUCAGAGGCCGAGCUUCUAUCCCAAGCCUCCUCGACAAUCUGCAACUGGGUCAUCGUUACAAUUGGCCAAGGUGAACAAUGACGCUGAUGCCACGCAGGUGCUCAGUGAUGAAGAUCCGCCCGUGGAGUCUUUGCCAGUGGAGCCGGAUCACGAGGAACCUUCUGCUCAGUCUGUUACGCCCAAAGCCGUCGCUUCUGUGUGGUCACCUAGCGGCGUUCAUAUGGUAGACCAUGACUACCAGAGACGGGCAUCGCACGACCAAUAUCGAAGGUCCCAAGAAUUGGCGAUACAUCCAUCGCAGUCUUUCGAAAGGCACAGAACCCUUCGCAGAUCUACAGGCUCGUCAGUGUCAUCUAUCGUGUCGCCGUUGCCAGUGGACAAUUCUCCUCCGUCACGUGCUGCAACCGCUCUGUCCCACAUCACAGGGCUCUGCCAAGAGACCGAUUGGCAAUGGAUCGAUGGGAUGCACUUGGGCGGCUGUUUGGCAUACGGGCUUGGAAACUAUCAGAAGGCGUUACGAUGGUAUACCAAAGUCCUGGAGCGCGACCCCAGGCACCUGGAGGCAACGUCGAACCUGGCAGCGACACUUUUGGCCCUCGGCCAACGAUCCGAAGCAGAAAAGCAUUGGAUGCAGGUGGUCAAGAUUGCUCCGAAUCAUUUCGAAGCAGUUGAACAUCUGGUAGGCUUGUUGUGCAACGAUCAACGAAGCAAAGAUGCGAUCAAAGUCAUUGAGUACGUGGAGCGCUCACUCAAUCAAGAGAAAAGGGCAGAUACAUCGAAGACAUCCGGCCGGCAAAGCGAAUGCUCUUCCUCCAGUGCGAGUCGCUCACCUUGCGCGUCCGACAAAUCCGACAGGAUGUCAUUCGAAUUUGAUGCCGAUGCAGAAACCAGUAUUGACUGGCGCGAUGGUGCUGGAGCUUCCGAACCUGGCUUCGGGUCGAGUGGAUUCGCUGUGCCUGGCUGUGACAGUGGACGGAUCCUUGCGCUUAUUCACGCGAAAGGCAAUAUGCUCUAUGGUCUUGGGGACAAUGGCGGUGCAGCACGCGCCUUCGAAGACGCUGUGAUGAUCGCUACCGGCCGAAAGUUUGAUGGCAUCCAAGGGCUCGUCAGGCACAUCUUGGCCGUUGUCUCCACGAGCAUGCAGUCUCACCAACCGGGUCAGCAACUGCCACCAUCAAAGUCUGCUGAGCCCGUGUUGUUGAGCCCGGAGCAGGCUCUGCCUACUGCCAAGUUAUGUUUCUCGCAAGGCGGAGAGCUUCCUGGCCUCAAGUACGUUCCAGGAAACCCACAAAGUCUGGCUCGAAAAGCGGUCAUCUCGACCACCAGCAAUUCCCUCCUAUCUCUCGCCAAAAUUUUCCAGGAUGGAAUGUCGAAUGUCAGCCGGUCUGCUGGUGUCACGCCACUUGCCCAUGGAGUUCGCGAUAUCCUGGCACUCUACUACCUAUCGCUUUCUCUGCAGCCCAGUCCCUCUACUGCUAAUAAUGUUGGUAUACUUCUGGCCAGCGUGCAGCAAGCGGCACCAUGUGCGAAAGUUCCAAGGCCUGACAUACCCGGAGUCGUGCCAGGUAGUGGAAUUGCUCUUGCGUUGCAGUACUACAACUAUGGCCUACAGCUUGAUCAGCAUCACGCACAUCUAUACACCAACCUCGGAAGCUUGCUGAAAGACAUUGGGCAGCUCGAUGCCGCGAUCACCAUGUAUGAGCGCGCUGUCAAAUGCGAUGGGAAGUUCGACAUUGCCCUAGCCAACCUCGCCAAUGCUGUCAAAGACAAAGGCCGGAUCAGUGAUGCCAUCUUGUACUACAAGCGAGCCGUGAACGUGAGCCCAGACUUUGCCGAAGCUGUCUGUGGCUUGGCCAAUGCUCUCAACUCCGUCUGCAGCUGGCACGCACGUGGCGGUAUUGCCGAGGACGGUGGAGAACGUGACAGAUGGCAUGUCGAUCAAGAUGGAAUGCUGCUGGAUGCCAGGAAACCCGGUGCAUCGAGCUCAGGCUGGAUCAAAAGGGUGGUCGAUAUCGUGUCGAAACAGCUCGCUGAUGGCGAGAACUGGGGCUGCGGUACACUGACGCCAAGCUUGAUUGAAGCACUGUUGCAACAGAUUGUCAUCCUGGAAGGCAGACACGAGGAUAUCAAAGAGCGGGAGCGAUCUCUCCGCGAAGCACUGACAUCGUGGUCUGGCAAGAAGUGGGAAGGCGCUCGCCUGACACGGCUCAUUGAACGUGCGACACGACGUAUUGGCUGGCACUGGUAUCGAGAUCUUUAUGUCAGUCGGAAGCAGCGGGCCCCAUCCAGCUACAACAGGCCGCAACUACCAGCUGCGCUCUCGGUACCUACGGCGCCCACAGUCUUACCGUUUCAUACCUUCACCUGCCCUAUGUCGCCGAAGCAGAUCAGACUCAUCUCCCAACGGAAUGGUCUGCGAAUAUCUCUGUCAACUCUUCGCUCGCCUUGGCUUCCGAGACAGGUCUUCCAGCCACCGAAGCCACCCGCUCCUUAUCUUCGGGUUGGUUAUGUGUCGUCUGACUUCAACAAUCACCCCCUGGCACACCUUAUGCAGUCUGUGUUUGGUCUUCAUGACACUGGUCGAGUCAAGGCUUACUGCUAUGCCACAACGGCGAGCGAUAAUUCCAUUCACCGGCAGCAGAUUCAGAAGGAGGCGCCGGUCUUUCACGAUGCGAGCUCUUGGUCUGCGGAGAAGCUGGUCAACCAAAUCGUCCGAGAUGGCAUACACAUACUGGUCAACCUCAACGGCUACACUCGCGGGGCCCGCAAUGAAGUCUUCGCAGCUCGGCCUGCUCCAAUCCAAAUGUCUUUCAUGGGCUUUGCUGGUACGCUGGGCGCUGAGUGGUGCGACUAUCUUCUCGCUGAUAAGACUGCUGUUCCGGUGGACACCCUCCGCCCGUGGCGUAGGAAUGUCGACUUGGAAGACCAGCUUGUAGACGAGAACAGUGGCGGGAGUCAAGAGAGCUGGGUCUAUGGCGAGAACAUCAUCUACUGUCGCGACACUUUCUUCUGCUGCGAUCACAAGCAGAGUGCACCAGAUGCUCACGAAAAGCAGAUAUCGUGGGAAGAAGAACAGCAUCGGAGGUGGCAGAUGCGAAAGGAGCUCUUCCCCAACAUCUCGGAUGAUACAAUCAUCUUCGGGAACUUCAACCAGCUAUACAAGAUUGAGCCCACCACUUUCCGCACCUGGCUCAGGAUACUGGCUCGUGUGCCAAAUGCCAUUCUCUGGCUGCUGCGAUUUCCGGAUCUCGGCGAGUCGAAUUUGCUCGCAACGGCUCGGAUGUGGGGAGGACCUGAUGUUGCAUCGCGGGUCAUAUUCACAGAUGUUGCGCCGAAGCAUCUGCAUAUUUCUCGUGCUCGCGUCUGCGAUCUUGUACUGGACACGGCAGAGUGUAAUGCUCAUACCACAGCUGCGGAUGUCCUUUGGAGCGGCACGCCACUGCUGACCUUGCCGCGCUACGAGUACAAGAUGUGCAGUCGCAUGGCGGCUAGUAUAUUGAAGGGAGCCCUACCCAAGGGUGAAGAAGGGGCUCGUGCUGCGAAAGAACUUGUGGCAACAAGCGAGGAAGAUUACGAAGAGAAAGCCAUAGCGUUGGGAAGCUCAUUUUCUUAUGUUCGUGGUAGUCAUGGCGUUGGUACAGGACGAUUGAAGGAGUUGAGGAAGAUGCUUUUCCACGCUCGCUGGAGCAGUGCAUUGUUUGAUACCAAGAGAUGGGUGAGGGAUCUUGAGGAUGCUUACGAAGAAUCUUGGAAGCGUUGGGUCCUGGGUGAAGGUGGCGAUAUUUGGUUGGACAAGCUUCCUCGCGGAGGAGGAGCAUAA